AGGAAUAAAUAGAUAGAAGUAGGGAAAAUAAGGUAAAAUAGACGAUAAAUUCCUGUGUUUCCGUGUGGACUUGGCAACAGUGUGUGUAGGCCGUGACGUCACAGCUUAUCAUCAACAAUGGCACGUCACUUCAAGGAGCAGGACAUUGAUGAGUUCCGCGAGUGCUUCUCUCUGUAUGCACGCCAUGGUACCAUCCGCACCCUAGACCAGCUGACGGUGAUCAUGCGCUCCCUCGGCCUCAGCCCCACCAUCGCCGAGCUCAAGACUUACUUCAAGGACAAGGGUGGCAAGAUGAGCUUUCCGGACUUCCUUGAGAUCAUGCACCAACACAGCCAGGUGGAGCGCAUCCCCGAGGAGAUCCUAGCGGCCUUCCAGGGGCACGACCCCAAGCGCACUGGCUCCAUACCCGCCCGGGAGCUGCGCCACAUCCUGCUGCAGUGGGGCGAGCGUCUCAGCCACAAGGAGGUGGAGCAAAUAUUCCGAGAGGCCAACAUCUCCCCAAACGGAAUGGUGCGCUACAAGGAUUUCUGCCGCAUCGUGUGUGCCCCCGUGCCUGACUACUACUAGCAAACACCAUACUAGCCCACCACUACUAGCUCUUGACUACUACCAGCCUCGUUCAGUCUAAGGAGGGAAAGCCAUGUUGAAGGAUUGGCUGUUAAAAUUGUCAUCGGCUAGUAAAAUCAACUCCAGCAAUGUCGGAUAAUACUAAUGAUAUAAAGCAAGGCAGGUCAGUUGGAUUUAUUUUAUUUUAUUUUUUUCUUGUGUUUGUAGUUUUGAUUUUUUUCCCAUUUUGCCGGAGGUGUAGUCUGCAGGCAUGAUGUUUGUUUUGUUUGUUUAGUUUUGGGGUUUUAGUUUUGUUAUUCUUCCUCGUAGAUUUGUUUUUUAUGGGUUUCUUUGAUUUCAUGUCGUUAGUUUUAUCUGUAGUGGGUUGUGAUGUGUAUGGUUUGUGAUUUUUUUUUCUUUAUCUCCUUUUUGUUCUAUGUUGAUUGUUGAUUCUUUAACUUUCUGGUCAGUAGUUUUUAUGUUACUAACCCUACAUUCACUACUACUUAAGUUACUCUCCAUCUGCAGAAAGAGAAAAUAUUAUGGUACUUAAACUUUUCAUUGUUGUAUCUCGCAUUCAAUUAAACUUAGGAUACUCUAUGGUCACAGAAAAAGAGAGAGGUCAUGAUAUUUAUUUGCUUGUUACUCGUACAUUUUCUCCUCUCUUUGUUACUAUACAUCUACAAUAAAAGAGGUUAUGAUACUUACAUAUUCUACUUCUUGUUAUCACUACAUUCCCUGCUUUCUGUGUUACUUUACGGCUACAGAAAAAAGAGGUUAUGAUACUUAUAUAUUUUACUGUUUCUUACUUCACAUUUCCUCGCCUCACUCAUUCCUUGACCUGGUAGCUGCGGGGAUCAUGUUUCUUUAAGGCCCCUCUAAGCGAGAAUAAUGAGAAAAAAUCAUCACUCACGCAAACCAUUUCAUAAUAUAUAUCAACGCUUUUGUGAUCAGUUUAUGCAUCUAUUUUUUGGGGUUUAUAUCAUGGCAAAAAUCUGUCCCGUCGCUGGUACAUGGUAAAGUCACAAAUUUGGCCCGUCACUGGUACCGGGAUAAUGGUCACAGAAAAAGAUGGUGUAAUUCUAAUAUUUUGCUGUAUUACCAUUAUGUUCCUUACUGUCUACAUUACUUUACAGCUACAGAAAAAGAUAUUAUGAUACUUAAGCAUUUUACUUCUUGUUACUUCAUAUUUCCUCACUGUCUUCAUUACCCUAUGACUACAGAAGGAGUUUAUGAUACUAUAUUUUACAUAAGAAUGUAAGGAGUCUGUAUGAGGCUGGAAAGCUUUAACGAGGCAGCUUAUAUUCUUUUUGUUAAUCAUACAUUCCCUUAAGUCCUUGUUACUGUAAGAGAGAUUUUAUGAUAACUUAUUUUGCAGCUACUAAGAGGGUUGUUACAAACUUUGACGAGUGAUUUAUAGUUUCGCCGAGAGGUUGUGUCCAUUGUAGUUCCUUGUUAGAGUGUAUUAUGUGUGACUGUUGAUAUUGAGGUUACAAACAUAUUUCUUGUCUAUAGUCUUUCAAAUAUGUCGAAGCCAGUCUGGCGUAGGCUCCCGCGGGUCUUUUCCUCCCCUCUGCUUUGCCACACAGUCCCAACACCUAUCUCUUCCUCUCAUAUGCAAGCUAUAGGUAACGGAAAAAAUAGGUGUUGGGAGUGUGUGGCAGAGCAGAGGGGAGAAAUGGACAUGUGGGAGCCAACGCCUAAACGGACUCGACAAUUUGGUUUCCCUAUAAUUCAGGCAGCUCAUGUGUACUUUUUUAUGCAUGUUUGUGUAUGUGUGUGUGUGUGAAGUGAUUCUGUGCCUUAAACUUCUUGAUUCUCUUGUUUAAGGUUGGUAGAACAAAAUAUCUUUCAAAAUGACUUUCUGUGCCUUAAAUUUCUUGAUUUUCUUGUUUAAGGUUGGUAGAGCAAAAUAUCUUUCAAAAUGACUUUCUGUGCCUUAAAUUUCUUGAUUCUCGAUGAAAAUAACUUCCUGUAGAGUUUUACAAUUAGGAAAGUUGGGACCAAAUUAUGUAACCGUUAUUUUCAUGGUGCAGUGGUUAUCAUGCUUGCCUCACAACCGAGAGCUCCCGGGUUUCAUUUUAAGGAUUAUUGAAGAGGGAAGGACAGUCUCUAUUCAUCUGUGCUUCCUGUCCAUGCAGAAAUGAAUGGUUUUGAGUGUCAGUCAAGGGAAUUUUAUAAUUCAAUUUAUCACUUUAUUUAUCAAUUUUAUUACCUCUGACAUCACAUUCUUAACUCUCUUUACCAGGGAAGCAGUUGGGAAGCUCUUUUUUUUUUUUUUUUUUUUAAUUUUUUUUAUGGCAUUUAGUUGUUUCCAUUAAUGCAUAAAAAUAAAAAUAAAACACUUUGCAGAUUAAUUUUGUGAAAAUGCAUAAUUUAUGAGUAAGUAUCAGACCUAUUUAACUUAUGAAUCAGUUCUAUAACUGCAUAACCUUAAGAAUCAGAUUUAUAAGAAAUUAGAUAUCCAUAAAGUAUCAGGUAUCUAUGGCAGCUUUUGAUGAACUAAGUAUAAAAGAAGUCAUAAAUAAGGUUACAGAUACAUAAGGGAAUUUGAAACCCCCUUACUUAGAGUUUGAUUCCACUUCAAGCAUUUAUAUCUACCGUGUAAGUGAUUUUGUAUGUUACGAAACGACCGAAACAUCCUGCUUGAAUCCCCUAUAAUUAAGAGUCAAAUUCCACUUCCAUCAUUCCUGUAUAUCGUGUGAGUUAUUUUGUAUGCUACGAAAUGAGGGAAACAUCUAUUGAAACUCAUUUACUUAGAGUUGGAUUCCACAUCAAACACUCCUUUUUACCGUAUAAGUGAUUUUGUAUGUUACGGAAUGAGGGAAACAUCUAUUUGAAACUCAUUUACUUAAGAGUUGGAUUCCACAUCAAACACUCCUUUUUAACGUAUAAGUGAUUUUGUAUGUUACGAAAUGAGGGAAACAUCUAUUGAAACUCAUUUACUUAGAGUUGGAUUCCACAUCAAACACUCCUUUUUAACGUAUAAGUUAUUUUGUAUGUUAUGAAAUGAGGGAAACAUCUAUUGAAACUCAUUUACUUAGAGUUGGAUUCCACAUCAGACACUCCUUUUUACCGUAUAAGUGAUUUUGUAUGUUAUGGAAUGAGGGAAACAUCUAUUUGAAACUCAUUUACUUUGAGUCAGAUUCCACGUCAAACACUCCUAUUUAUCGAAUAAGUGAUUUUGUAUGUUACGAAAUGGGUGAAACACCUCCGUGAAUAUACAAUGAACAGUCCACA